CCCCUUUGUUUACUAUCGUACAUCGUGAUAACAUUAUCAUAAUGUUGAUAAUGAGAUAAAAUAACAACAGUAACUUCACCAUAUUCGACAUUUUAAUCAUUUAUUGUAGUAGACUAUAUCUCGUUGACAUUAUGUGCAUAAUUUUUGCAUACCUGGGGAGCCAUGAUCAAGAUAGUGAUUAUAGUUUGGUGUUGGCAAGUAACCGGGACGAGAAUUAUGAUAGACCAGCGCUGAACGCAGCACCUUGGACUGAAGACCCUACCAUUAUCGGAGGUCGAGAUAUGGCAGAAGGCUGUGGAAACGGCUCAUGGAUGGUCAUCUCUCCUCAGAGAAAGAUACUAGGACUGCUGCUUAAUCUUCCAGGAAACCAAAAAGAACAUUCCAAAAGCAGAGGAAAAAUCGUUGAGGACUUGGUAAAACAUGAUUGGGGCAGUGUUGAACAAUAUGUUGACUCUAUAAAAGCAUACUCCAAAACUACAAAUGACUUUGCUCUGAUCUCUGCUGACUUUAGUAAACCUGAACCUAUAGUGCAAGCCUUCAAUAAUGUGACUAACAACCUAGAGACUUGCAACAGCACCUAUCUGGGCUUCGGAAAUAGCCUUCCAGAUGUACCUUUGAAGAAAGUGGAGGCCGGCAAGGAACGGCUCAGGAAUAUCUGCCCCCGAUUGUGCAAGACAUCACAAAAAGAUGAACUAAUUGAUGAGCUCAUCACCUUGUUAAGAUGGGAUCAAAGACAUCUACCAGAUGCUGAGCUCCAGAGACGAAACCCUAGAGCCUAUGAUCUGUUGAGUUCCGUUUUUGUGUCAGUCCCUGCAUUUAGAUAUGGGACAAGAACACACAGCAUAGUGUUAGUGAGCAAAUCAGGUCACACUGACUUUGUAGAGCUGACUAUGCAGCCUCCCAUUGACCCCUCCCAACCGCAAUGGACUAGAACAGACUUCCAUUUUGAACCUUGAAGAUGAAGAGAUGAGAGCCUAUCAAUAUCGUGAAAUAAUUUAGUACAUUUGUUAUACAUAUUUGAUUUUAUUAAAGUUUUGUAUUCAUAACAUACUGUUAAUAUGAAUUUAUAAAGUUCUUUGUUACAGAC